GGCAUAAACAUCGCUACCGUGGCCGACACACACCGGCAUUCUCGAUACUUUUAUAUUACCGACACCUAACCGGCAAAAAUGCAAAUAAUAACACACAUUUUCUUGGGCAUAUUUUCAUGCUUCAGCGCAUUGAGCAUAAUUUCUCUUGCGGAGUGAAAGCGCACGAGAAACAAUUCUGCGGUGGAAUUUUUCUCUUCUCUACAGUGUAACAAAAGUUUCGACGCUUCGAUAUAUUUUCGCAGCUUGCCGAACCGCAUCACAGGUGAUUGAGCAAUAUUCUUGGCUGGAAAAAGAAAAUAAGCAAAUUUUUCUCAUUCACACUUGCGGACUGCGCUUUUAUUGACGACACCCGGUUUUUACUUAACUGAUUUUUUACUUCGCUCGCCGCACGCGAUCCCGGAUCCCAUUCCUCAUCCAUUCCAUCGCUGCGACGACGGCAGCUGAAUUCCUGUUUUAUCCCAUCAGCGUCUGUACACUCUUAAGCCCCGUUGUGUGGUUGGGAUAUACUGUGUUAUGUUUGUCAUGUAAUCUCUGGCUCGGCCUGUUGAGCCUGGGUCUCUCCUGUGAAUGAUGAACUGAAACCAGAGCCACUGUACUACGCUUUGUGUGUGUGUUGAUUGUCCGUGUUCAGUCCAGCACCGCGCCCGACCACCAUGGUGCGCCAUCAACGUCAGCAGUGGAUUACGGCCCUCCUCGGCGUGACGCUACUGGUCAGCCCAAAGGUCACCGCCACACCCGGACGAGUCGGCUGCUUCUACGAUCUACAGCUGUGCGAAUCCAACGAAUUAUGCUACAACGAUUCGUUAUUCGGCACCUGUGUGUCGCAGUUAAGCGACGCGGUCAGCUACGCCGAUCUGCCACCGGAAGCGCUGCAGGAGGCCGCCCGCAUCCUCCAGUACUUAAUUGAGACCGGCUACAAAUGGCCGGAUUCCUAUACGCAGUGUGUCGUGGGCAACUACCUGCAGGCGGUGGUUAGUGGCCAGCGCUACGAUCCGCAGGUCUGCGAGUAUCUCAAGCAGAUCCUCAGUGUCAUCGAUCAGUCCCGCACUAGCCCGGUGCAGGCUGCGCCCAUUAAUCCACCGGCAGCCGUGCCGCAAAUAGCAACUGAUGUACAAGUACCCGUGGAGCCGUUGACCCACGGCGAAUUCAUGUCGAAAAUGGACGGCAAAGCCGACUUUGACCUACCUUUAAUGGAGGCCGCCCCCUCCUCCCUGGUGACGGACAGCCCCCCGGCGGCGGCCGCCUCCGUCAGCGCCGACGACGCCGCUUCGUACGCCGCCCUUGAGCAAUACCUCCGCCAGUACCAACAAGCCAUGGCCGAACAGCAGGCGGCCGCGCCCUUGACCGUAGAGAAGAAAUCCGGAUCCGCGGAGGACGUCACCACCCCCGCUCCGGAAGUGACCCCGACCACGCCCGCCACCGCCGACUCGACGCCAACGGUCAACCAGACUGCCAUGGAUCAGUCUAUCCAGACGGACGCCCAGGCAUUUGACAACCUCUUCGCUAUGUUGACGAGCGCCCAGGCCGCCCCGACCACUUCCGACGCCCAGGUGGCGGUGCCGGCAUCCUCAGAGCUCGGGGUGGUUCCCCAGACAUCGGAGCUGACCGCUGUGCCCAUGAACCCGCCCAUGGAGUUCGUCCCGGAGAGCUCACCCUUCGAGAUCAUCGCCUCCGACCAGCAACAGAUGCCGCUGCGCAUCCCCUUCGAUCUGGGAAUGCUCCAGCAGAACGGCUUCGGAGGAAUCCCAACCGGAUUUGACGGUGUUCCGAACAGUUUCGGCGGUAUGCCGAAUAACUUCGGAGGUGUGCCGAAUAACUUUGGUGGUAUGCCCAACCUCCCACCCAACCUCCAAUUCGUGCCGGACUUCAACGCACUCCCUCCUCCCGGCAUGUUCAACAGCCUGGACGAGAUGCUACUAGCCCAGCAGAUGGUGGCCGCCCAACAGCAGCAGUCGCAGUUCCCCCCGAUGAUGCCCAUGCAGCAGCCGCAGAUGGAUCCGCGCAUGCUGAUGGACAUGUCCAUGUUCCAACCCCAGAUGGACCCGCGUCUCGCCAUGCCCCAGAUGUUACCCAACCAGUUCCCGUUCGCGCCGGUGCCCACCAAACGCGGCGACUACAUGUCCAUGCCCCCGAUGGAGCUCCUGUACCAACGGGCCCCGCCCAUGUUCGGGCCGCCGAUGAUGGACCAGCGGUUCGGUCCGCCGAUGAUGGACCAGCGCAUGUUCGACCCCAUGAUGAUGCCACCGCAGCUGCCGCAGAUGCCCCCCAUGGACAUGUUCGGCGGCUUCCCGGCCCCGCCUCCCAACAUGGGUGGCUUCCCUCCCAACAUGGCCGGCGCCGGCUUCCCGCCAAUGGCGUUCGACCAGCAGCAACAGCUGCAGAUGGCGCUGCCGGCCGGGUUCGCCGUGAUCGAGCCGGUGAUGGUCGAUAGCAAUAGCAGUGAGGAAGCCAUUAAGCAGUUGUUUGCCGAGAGUGUCGGCGAUGUCGGUAGUGGCGCGGAGGGACCAGCGGCGCAGAGUAAGAAAGAUCAGGAGUAUAAGACCCUCCUCCCCAGCAACGAGAACCAGCAGAGUGAAGUGGUGGAGGAUGUCACCGUAAAGGUCGUCAAAGGGUCACUGCCCGAUGAUGCCGUCACCGCGUCGACGGAUACGCAGGUCAAGCCGGAGGCGGAUGAUGAAGAGGAAUACGUCUUCUUGACCACCGAACCUCAACUGAGCUACGAUGAGGCCCGGUAUCUUCUCAACUGGUUACGCGCCGUUAUGAGUCUUCCAGUCCAGACAUUCUACGACCUCAGUGUGAACGAUGACCUAGUGACCUUCCGUAUUAAUCCCGCCCUGAAGAACCUCAACGCUACCUACAUUGCGCAGACGUUCGGGGAUGAUGAGCUGCGCAGUGCCAUCCGCGGCGCUAAUGGGCUGCAGAUUAAACGGGCCGGUGUGGGACACUAUUCCCUAAUCCAGGCGCCCGGUGAGGAUGUGCCCGAACUGCGCUUCGAGCCGACCGCCAUCGUGGAGACUCACGAGGUGCCGGCCGCCGAGUCGACCGCCCAACCGACGGCGGAUACCAUUAAGAAAUACGAUGUCCUGGAUCCGACGUUCGCUUUCAUCGUCACCGAUCCACCGCUGACAUACGACUUAGCCCGGCGUCUUCUCAAUUGGUUGGCCGUGCAACUGCAAGUGCCGCAGACUGUCUUCUCCUAUCUGCACAUUGAAGGCAAUCAGCUGGUGUUCCGCGUCAGUCCCUACUUCAGCCGGAUUAAUGCCAGCUCCGUGGUGGAGCACUUAUCCGAUGCCAGCAUCCAGUCGGCGCUGCGUCAGCAGUUUGCCGUGGAAAUCAUCCGCGCCGGUAUCGGCGACAAGGUUCAGGUUAUUAAAGCCGACAACAAACAGCGCCAGAAUCUCCUCAUCGGCCUGAUCGCCGUGGCCUGUGUGGCCGCCCUAUUGAUCACGUUGGGCAUAAUUUACUUUGUCCGCCGCAAUCUCCUCCUCAAGAAGAAACUGCAGAGUGUGGAGGGCGACGUGGAGUCCAGUAAAGAGUACGAGGAAUUAUGUCGCCAGCGAAUGGCCAGCAAGAACCUGGAAGCCGGCACCGUCAAAUCGACACCCGAACGCGACCGUACCGCCCACAGCAGCACAUCGUCCUGGAGCGAGGAACCGGCGCCCAACAAUAUGGACUUAACCACCGGCCAUAUGGUGCUCUCGUACAUGGAAGACCACCUGAAGCACAAGGAGCGCCUGAAUGAAGAGUGGGCCUCACUUUGCACGUACGAAGCCGAUCCGCGCCAAACGGAUGCGGCCAGUCGCAAGGAGAACCUGAUAAAAAAUCGAUAUCCGGAUGUACUGCCCUAUGAUCAUACCCGGGUGAAGCUGAAUCCGGAGGGCAAUGUAACCAAAUCCGACUAUAUCAAUGCCAGUCUCAUUACCGAUGCUGAUCCCAAGAACCCAGCGUAUAUCGCCACACAGGGACCCUUGCCCGAUACGGUCGCUGAUUUUUGGCAGAUGGUUUGGGAGCAGAACUGUACCGUCAUCGUCAUGCUGACCCGACUGCGGGAGAACGAUCAGGAUCUGUGUCAUGUCUACUGGCCCAAAGAGGGCAGUGAAGUGUAUCACAAUUACGAAGUCCAUCUGGUCAGCGAGCAUAUCUGGUGCGACGACUAUCUGGUGCGCAGUUUCUACCUGAAACAUCUGCGCACCCACGAGACCCGCACCGUCACCCAGUUCCACUAUCUAAACUGGCCCAACCUGGCCGUGCCCACAUCGCAAAAGUCCUUCCUGGAAUUCCGACGAAAAGUUAACAAAUGCUACAAAGGCGGGCCUUCGCCGAUCGUUGUUGUUUGCAGCGACGGAGUGGACCGUACCGGCGCCUACUGCUUAAUCGAUCUGGUCCUCAACCGUAUGGCCAAGGGCGUCAAAGAGAUGGACAUUGCGGCCACCCUGGAACAUCUGCGCGAUCAGCGCAUGGAUAUGGUCCGCACCAAAGAGCAAUUUGAGUUCGUCCUGACGGCCGUGGCCCAGGAGAUCCAGGCCAUCCUCAAAUCCAUGCCGCAGAAAUAAAUCCACCAGCGGCUAGUCAAGUCAAAUUUCCAACGCACGUUUCCGAAAUCAAUCAACACAAAAGAAAGCUCCAGCAGCAGUCUUAUCAAGAGUCAGAUUUGUUUUUCUAAGAGAAAGUUGCUAUUUUUGUCAAGAGAAAAAAAGUUCUACAAAACGGAUCCUUUAUAUCCUGGUGUCAACGCGACGGGGGUGUCAUUAUUUCCGGGUGCACACAGAAAAUGCAAUGAUGUUGUUAGUUAGUGCGGCGCGGGUAGAUGUGUUAGGCGAAUAUAAUAUAUUUCUUUUUGGUUAUUGCUUCGUUUAUGUUAAAAAUGGACAGGCUGACGUGUACCGCUUUUUUAGGUUUUAAGUUUGACCUUGGUUUUUAAUAAACAAUAAAGAAA